AUGGCGACUGAGGUACCCCCAAAAUGCGAGGCUGCCUGUUCCCCAGCUGUCGAAGCUGAGCAGAUGUAUCAACAGCGGCAGAUGCUUGAAGAGAGAAUGGAGGCUAUCGCCAGCUUUCUUACAUCCGAAGGGAUGCCGGGUCUAAAGGGCCCUUUGGUUGAUGAGGAGGGUUUUCCUAGGGCAGAUAUCGAUGUGCAUGCCGUGCGUAGUGCGCGGAAUCAGCUGGCUUGUCUACAGACAGACUACCGGGAGGUGCAGCGGAAGCUUGAGGAAAUACUGUUGCGUGUGCAUGCGGAGUCGGCGAAAGCGCAGAUCGAUCAGCAGGACCUUAGAGCACCUAAGCAACCAGACACUACCGAAGUGGCUGGAGAGCAGGACGAAGUGCCCCCGCCUCCGAUUGAAGACGAGGGCCCCGCAUUCGCGGUAGUGGAUGUUCUACAGCCGGGCGGCCCCAGUGGCAUUGCAGGAAUAGCUGCUGGUGACCGAGUCUUACGUCUUGGCACUCUGCGCCUUCCGGUCGGACGGAAUGCAGCAGCGGGCUCUACUCAGAAUCAUAGAAAGGGGCCCCUACCUGGCGGAGAUAGCAGCAGUCGUGCAUUAACUGCUACUCAAAUCUUUGAAUUGCUGCCUGGAGAGGUUGCACGCUACGAGAACGAACGUAUGCCAGUUGUUGUGCAACGUGGGAGUAGGGUCAUUUCACUGUGGCUAGUACCCCGCCAGUGGCACGGCAAGGGCCUAUUAGGCUGCCAUAUAAAACCACUUCAACAGGAGUGA